CCCUUGCAUGGGCUGGCGAGAGAGGUUUAACUCCUGACACGAAGCAUUUGUUUGCUUGAUUCUGCUCUGUCUUUGUUCGCAACGUCCACGCUCACUGCCACAGCUGAACUUUUGCGCAUUUAUCAUACGAUUACUCUGAUCCUCCAGACGGAAUGAGCUAGUUUUGCGCCCCACGAUAACCCGAACCAAAACCCGCUUCUUGUUGGUUUAGAGUAGUAUUUAUUGGUGUCUUCCCAUCCAUGGCUGAAUCUUCGACAAUGCCUCGACCGCUAUCGCAAUUGUCAUUCCUUGCAAAGCUUCUCGUCUUUGUCUGCCUGCUCCUAUCGACGGUCGCCGAGUCCAUGACACUUUCAGAUGAAACCCUCGAGAACAUUCCUUCGCCCGGCGACGAUUUCGAUAUCAAGGAUGGCAAGCUUCUUGCUCCUAUCCUGAUUCCUCGUGUGCCUGGCACUGAGGGUCAACGGCGUGCCCAGAAACACUUUGUCGAGUUCUUCAAGGAAAAUCUUCCCGAAUGGAAACUCGAAAUGCAGAAUUCGACUUCAAAGACACCUGUACACGGAAACAAGCAGAUCCCAUUCUCCAAUCUCAUCUUUCGAAGAGACCCCCCUUGGGCGCAGAACGGAGACGUUAGUCGACUUACGCUGGUUGCGCACUACGAUAGUAAAUAUGAGCCUGAGGGAUUCAUUGGCGCAAUCGACAGCGCAGCGCCAUGUGCCAUGUUGAUGCAUGUCGCGAGGAGCAUUGAGGAUGCGCUCACUGCGAAGUGGGACAAGAUGCAGAAGGAUGGAUCUGCGGAAGAUGGGCUUGAGGAGACCCAGGGAAUCCAGAUUAUCUUUCUAGAUGGCGAAGAGGCAUUCAAGCAUUGGACGGAGGAGGACUCGCUUUAUGGAGCCAGAUCACUUGCUGAGGAAUGGGAAUAUCAGUUCCAUGGAUCUACUGCAACUUACAGGACUCCUCUGGACUCUAUCAGUCUGUUUGUUCUUCUCGAUCUUUUAGGAUCCGCGGACCCUACUAUUCCCUCUUACUUCCUUACAACCCACUGGGCAUACCGAGCCAUGGCGGGUCUUGAGAAGCGCAUGCGACAGCUCAAUGUCCUCGAGACCAAGCCCAGAUUUCCUUUCCUCCCAGAUGGCAACAAAACAGCCAAUCGAUUCACUCGCAGCUAUAUUGACGAUGAUCACCGACCUUUCAUGCAGCGCGGCGUCGACAUCUUGCAUCUCAUUCCAUCGCCCUUCCCCGAUGUGUGGCACGAGAUCACAGACGAUGGUGAGCACCUCGAUCUUCCAACCGUGCGUGACUGGGCGAGGAUCACCACUGCGUUCGUGGUGGACUGGAUGGGUAUCCAGGACUUCAUGCCCAAGUUGGCGGGAACUAAAGCGAAGAGGAAUGGUGCAGCUGCGACAACCACGUCGAGCCGGAGGACGGAGCUUUAGACGACAUGAACGUACAUAUCUGCAUCAUUUAGAGAAAUGUCGGUGGGUUUCUUGGGGCUUGGCGUUGUAGGCGCGAUGUCAUGAAAAGAGUCAUGUAAUGAACAGUCUAUUUUGCAAACAUGGAGUAAAGGAAUCUUUGGUUGACUAGCAAACAUCUGAAUCUACUAUUCUUCUUGCUCAUUGAA